AGAAGAAGAAGAAGAGGCGGAAGUAAACAUGGCCCAGGAAAAGAGCAUGGCGGUCCCAGAGUUCCUCAGGAAAGCAGAGCUAUUAAAACAAGGAGCAGAAGCUCGGGUGUACCGGGCGGAGUUCCUGGGAAAGCCGACUAUUGUAAAAGAAAGGUUCACAAAGCGCUACAGACACCCGGUGCUGGACGAGAAGCUGACCCACCGAAGGACGGUGCAGGAGGUCCGCUCCAUACUGCGCUGCCGGAGAGCAGGCAUCUCUGCCCCUGUAGUCUACUUUGUGGACUACACAUCCCACUGUAUUUUCCUGGAGGAAAUCGAGAAUUCAUUGACAGUGCGCGACCACAUCGCCUCCACUCGGCAGUCUGAAUGCAGUAUGGAGCUGGAGUGGCUGGCUGAGAGGGCGGGCCAGGUCCUGGCCAAAAUGCAUGAUGAGGACGUCGUCCACGGGGACCUGACCACCUCCAACAUGCUGCUGAGACGCGGCCCGGAGGACGGGGAGUCGGAGCUGUUCCUCAUCGACUUCGGCCUGAGCUACAUCUCCGCCCUGCCGGAGGACAAGGGGGUGGACUUGUACGUGCUGGAGAAGGCCUUCCUCAGCACCCACCCGAACACAGAGGCUCUGUUUGAGAGGCUGCUGAAGAGCUACGCGGCCGCGUCCAAGAAAUCCUCAGCGGUCAUUAAAAAGCUGGACGAGGUCCGAUUGAGAGGGAGGAAGAGGUCGAUGGUGGGAUGAUGAUCUGUGCUGCGUUCAGGGACAAGCCUCUCUGGAAAUGAUGUUUCUGAAAUGAUGUUAUAUUAACAAAGUUGUUAUUAUGAAAAACAAGUUUAUAAAAUGUUUUUUCUUCUUAUGGAAGGCCGAUAUAAUAAAAAGAUGGACUUUGUAAUGAUGUUUGUAC